AUGCUACGUAUUCCGGAAAUUACUCUGUUUUCCAUUGUCUGCACCAUGUGCUUGAUCGUAGUUCUACUUAGAGAUAACCCAACCUCUGAUAUUGCUCCAGAUGAUGACGUGACAUACGUGGAAAUGAGUAACAUGUCACGUAAACAUCCAGUCACGCUCCAGAAACAAUCAAAAACUUUUCAGCAGUUAUCACAGCCUUGUGAGCGAAAUGAGUCUGCAGCCAGCAUUUCAGGUUUUUCGAAAUUACCUGAGCACAUCCGAGACUUCCUGUUCUACCGUCACUGCCGCCAUUUCCCAAUGCUCCUGGAUGUUCCUGAUAAGUGUGGUGGGCCCCAGGGAUCUGCAGAUGUCUUUUUCCUUCUGGUCAUUAAAAGCACUCCUACUAACUUUGACCGUCGUGAAGUGCUACGGAAAACCUGGGCGAAGGAAAGACGGCAUAACGGUGUUUGGGUUCGCCGAGUUUUCAUAUCCGGCACUGUUGGCACUCACCACGAGAAACGCAGGAUGAAUAGACUCUUGAAGCUGGAGAAUGAAGAGCACAGAGACAUUCUCCAGUGGGACUUCAGAGACACCUUCUUCAACCUCACUCUUAAACAGAUCCUGUUCUUGGAGUGGAUGGAGAAGCGCUGCCCAAAUGUUCGAUUCCUCAUGAACGGCGACGAUGAUGUUUUUGCCAACACGGACAAUAUGGUGGAAUAUUUGCAGAGCUUGCCUGGAAAUGAUGGUAGCAAACACCUGUAUGUUGGACAUCUGAUUCAUUCACUGGGGCCAAUCAGAUAUCAAGGGAGUAAAUACUAUGUCCCUAAAGAGAUCCAUGAAGUAAAUUAUUAUCCUCCAUAUUGUGGUGGAGGGGGGUUUCUCAUCUCUGGCUUCACUGCAAGAAUUAUGUACAAUAUGAGUCAUUCCAUCACCAUAAUGCCCAUCGAUGAUGUAUACCUCGGUAUGUGCGUUGAGAAGGCUGGUCUCAAACCAGAGUCCCAUUCUGGAGUUAGAACAUUUGGGAUGUCUAUUCCUUCCCGGAAAGUUGAUGCACUUAGUCCUUGCUUCUACAGGGAAAUUCUUCUAGUGCACAGAUUUCUGCCUUAUCAGAUUUUUGUCAUGUGGAAUGACAUACAUAAGCCAAAUUUGCGAUGUGGAACUUCAGUACUCAAUUAUGAUUCUAAGCCCUGA